UGUGAAAGUAACAACAACAAAAUCAAGAGUAACGUCAAGAGCAAAAAUAGUUUUCCCCAUUUUCAAAAUCGACAAAUAUAGAUGUAGAUUUCCCGCACUUCUGCCGGACAGCUGGACUAGAGUUUAGACCAAAUUUCGCAGUUUUCCCAGCCCAGUAUUUUCGAGCAGCCGCACAGUCAUCGCUUUUGUGACGUGCUCACCUUGAAUUCAUCAGCAGGCAGCAAGAUAUUGACCCUGCACAUAGACACUCCCGGGCAUGAAAUUAGUAGCCGUUGCCAGUAGCCAUUUGACACACACCAUUAGACAUAUCUAAAUCAAAAUAUUGACAUGUCUCGGCAUUUUGAAAACUAUUUCUCGAACAGAGCACGGCGACAACUGCAAGUGGCUGAACAAAUGACCACCGCCGCCUCCACAUCGCAGCAUGCGACAUCGUCCUCCACAAUGAUGGCGGGAUCUGGAUCCUUGGCGACCUCGUCGUCCGCCGCCGCCCCCACAACCACGCCCAGCAGCUCGGCAGUUCGCGCCCUGGCCAUGGAGUACAAGUCGCUGCAGGAAGAGCCGGUGGAGGGAUUCCGCGUCAAGCUGAUCAACGACGACAAUUUGUUCGAAUGGGAGGUGGCAAUCUUCGGCCCGCCGGACACCCUCUACCAGGGCGGCUACUUCAAGGCACACAUGAAGUUCCCGCACGACUAUCCAUACUCACCGCCAUCCAUACGCUUCCUGACCAAGGUCUGGCAUCCGAAUGUCUACGAGAACGGUGAUCUGUGCAUAUCCAUACUACAUCCGCCGGUGGAUGAUCCGCAGAGCGGCGAGCUGCCCUGCGAACGCUGGAAUCCCACGCAGAAUGUGCGCACCAUCCUGCUGUCGGUCAUAUCGCUGCUCAACGAGCCGAACACAUUCUCGCCGGCCAACGUGGACGCCUCGGUCAUGUACCGCCGAUGGCGGGACUCACAGGGUAAGGACAAUGAGUAUCCAAACAUCAUACGGAAACAGGCACUGGCCGCCAAUGCCGAGGCCAAGCGGGAGGGCAUUGUGGUUCCGAUGACCCUGGAGGACUACUGCCUGAAGCCCACGCGCAAGCCCACAACGGAGUCUGGCCUGGAUGCCAACUUCUACGAUGAUGACUUCGAUCUGGAGACGGAGGAUGAUCUGCCAUCUGAUGAUGACUUCGAUGAGGACGACGACGAUGAUGAGGACGAGGAUGAAGAUGAGGACAGUGCCACCGCGCCGAUUAGCAAAAAUAAUGGAGGCAGCAGCAAGUGCAAGAACAACGGGCUGGUCAGAGAGGCGGCCGCUGCCGGAGCGGACGAUGCCGAGUCCGCUGAUGACAGCGGCAAGGGCGAGACCACAUAAUGCAGCCAGGCCAGAGUCGCGUCAUCUCUUCCUCCCACUCCUGCCCAGGGCGGCGAGCCACCGCCUUUUAAUUUCUCCAACAUUAUUACUAUUAUUAAUUCUAAUUAUACACGUUUCGAAACUAAACCGAACAACUGAGAAAACAA